GCUGCUGGCGCGUCCGGCUGGGACGAGGGCGCCGAUUGGGCGAGAAGGCUGAGCAAGGAGGGCGCUGAUUGGUCGGGCGCCGCGGACCAAUGGAGAGGCGGCUUGCUGAGCUACGCGGGGGGGGCGGCGGCGGCGGGUGAGCGAGAGAGAGAGCGGAAGAUAGGGCGGCCUGAGGGAAGGAAGGAAGGGCUGGCGAGGGAAGGAGGAGUAGCCCCGGGACGGGGAGAGCGGGAGGCCGCGCGGUGCGUUGCCUCCGAAGGAGGCCCAGGAAGGAAGGGCGGCGGAGAGGAAGGCCAGGAGCUGCCUUCCGCAAUGGCCGAGUCGCCCGAAGAGACGCUUGUGUAUGUGGAGCACCGCUACGUCUGCUCAGAGUGCAGCGAGCAGUUCAACACUCUGGAGGAAGCGCUGGUGCACCAGCAGACCCACAUCUGCCCCCAGGACCAGCAGUAUGAGGUGGUGGGGCUGGCCGAGGCAGGGCUGGUGGCGGGUGGCGAGCCUGGCCUCUAUCAAACCCUGGCGGUCCAGGAAAGCCAGUACCAGUGUUUGGAAUGUGGGCAGAUCCUCCUCUCCCCGAGCCAGCUGCUGGAGCACCAGGAGAUGCACCUCAAAAUGGCCAGCCAGGAGCCGGAACGCUUGGCCAAGCCCCUGAGCUCCAGCCAGAUCCACUACGAGUGCACUGAAUGCAAGGCCCUUUUUGCCAGCCAGGAUGUCUGGCUUGCCCACCGCCAGACCCACCGUAAGCCGCUGGAGCUGGCCACUUCUCCUCCCCAGAGCCGGGCCCGCGUUAACCUGGAACAUUCGUAUCGGAAGCCCGAGGAGGGGGCUAUGCCCGUUGGAACCAUGCAGCUGCUUCUCUAUGAGUGUGGCGAGUGUUUCCAGCUCUUCCAGUCCAGCGACUUUUUGGAGCACCUGGCCACCCACCAGGUGAUACAGUCGUCCCCGGGAAGUUCCCUGGCAGCAGAACCGAAGGAACCAGGGCCCCCGCCCGUCGUGACUGUGCACAAUGGAGUCGUGCCACCAAUGGCCCCCAGCAGUGUCACGGCCACAGAUCACAGCUACGAGCUCAAGAACAAUGCUGGGGAGCAGCCACCACGCAAAGCAAAGCAGGCUUCUAAGGAGCACCUGUGCAUGGAGUGUGAGCAGUCGUACCCUUCCGCCCAAAAGCUCCACCAACACAUGAAGAGCCACCGGAAGGGCACCUUCAAGUGCCCACUCUGCAGCAAGGUGCUUCCUUCCCCAGCCGCCCUUGAGAAGCACCGGGAGGAGCACAGCGGGGAGUCACGCUUCCUUUGUGUGGAUUGUGGCCUGGGCUUCGGCACAGAGGCUGUGCUCCUCUCCCACCGGCGAACCCACUCUUCCAACCCCCUCUACCGCUGCACAUGUGGGAAGACCUUCAUCAACAUGACCAAGUUCCUCUACCACCGACGCUCCCAUGGUGGAGGCAGCAGCAGCAGCAGUGGCACCCCCGCAGCUCAUGAUCUGCCUGCCUCUCCGGAAGAUCAGCCCAUGGAACAGGAGGAGGAGGAGGAGGAGGAAGAAGAGGGGGAUGAGGCACCCUCUGACACCCUGGAGCCGCUGGAACAGCAGGCAGAAAUGGUUCCAGUGGCCAUCAUCUGCUCGAUGGACAACAUGGGCAUUUCGGUUGAGGGCAGCGCCCAAGAGCAGACGCUGGAAGAGUUCCAGUGCCAGAUGUGCAGCAAGGCUUUUACCAAGAUCAGUCAGCUUUCGCGCCACCAGCGCUUUGCACAUAAGAUGGAACGGCGCCACAAGUGUCUGACCUGCGGGAAGAUGUUCAAGAAGAAGUCCCACAUGAGCAACCACCUCCUGACCCACACUGGGGAGCGGCCUUACCACUGCAAGGAGUGCGGCAAGAGCUUCAAUUCGCCAGCCAACCUCCAGCGCCAUCGUUUGACACACACAGGGGAGCGCCCCUACCGCUGUGACAUCUGCCAGAAGUGCUUCACCCAGUCCUCCACCCUCCAGCAGCACCUCCUGGUGCACAGCCGCCACUACCCCUACAAGUGCCAGGAAUGCGGGAGCGUCUUCCAUCGCCCCUACCGCCUGCUCAUGCACCGCUACCACCACACGGGCGAGUACCCCUACAAGUGCCAGACAUGUGGCCGCUCCUUCCUGCUCCGCCGCCUCCUGGAGGUCCACCAGCUGACCCACACUGGCCAGCAGCCCCACCGUUGCACCUCCGGCUGCGGGGCCGCCUUCGUCUCUGCUGAGCAGCUGAAGGAGCACAAGUGUGGCAAGAUGAGCCGCCAUUUUGAGUGCUCUGUCUGCGGUAAGAAGGUGGGCUCCACCGCGCAGCUCAGGGCCCACGAGCGACUCCAUGGCAACAUUGAUGCCCCUGCAGGAUUCGAGCCUGUGGACGAGCCCCCGGUUCUGGGUCUGCCUCCACCGCGCCCCCGCCGUCCCGCUUGCUCAAAGGCCUUUGAAUGCGGGGACUGCAAGAAGCUCUUCAGCACAGAGACCUCACUGCAGGUCCACCGCCGCAUCCACACCGGCGAGCGCCCCUACCCAUGCCCAGAUUGUGGGAAGGCCUUCCGGCAGUCCACCCACCUCAAGGAUCACUUGCGGCUGCACACUGGGGAGAAGCCCUUCAAGUGCGAGGAGUGUGGGAAAGCCUUCACCAUCGCCGUGCGCCUGGCCGAGCACAAGCGCAUCCACACGGGAGAGCGCCCCUACCACUGUGAUGCCUGUGGCAAGGCUUACCGCUCCUUCUCCAACCUCUGGAAGCACCGCAAGUUGCACCAGCAGCAGCGCCUGCAGCAUGAGCAAGAGGUCAUGGCGGAGGCUAUCGCAGCAGCGGCAGCCGCAGCGGCUGCUGCCACCAGUACCGCCACCAGCGCCACCACGGCUUCCUCAGCACCCAGCGAGCAAGUCUAUGGCAACACGGUCACCAUCAUGGAGACCAUCCCUGUAGUGGAGACCAUUGAGAUCUAUCCUACCGAGGGGGGCGUUCACUUUGAGAACAUCCAGGUGGAAAACGUCCAGAUUGGGGGUGUUUGAGUGGGGCUGGGGGGAGCGAGGUGGGGCAGCUGGCCACGUGACCUGGACUGGGAGCCACUGCUCCCCAGCUCCCCCUUCAGGGCCUGGGUGGAACAGCAACACCUCUUCUCCCUUCCUUUAAACCCAAGGCACCUGGCCUGCUCCCAUUGCUGGAAUGUGGUGGCAUCUUGAUCUCCUUCCCCGGUUCUGUAGGUGAACUGGGUGCCGUUUCCAAGCCCCCUCCUCUGCUCUGUCCCACCCACUCGCAAGCCCCACAGACAGAAAAUUCACUAGGCCAAGCGCGCUGGGGCCUUGAGAGCCCCACUCUCUGCUGUGGGCUCUGGGGUUCCCAGUCCAUCUCUUGGCCGUGUGAAAUGGGGCUUUUCUUUUGGGAGCUGGCCGGUUCCCCCUCCCAGGAAUGCUUGCCCAAUAGCAGCCUUUGCCACAGCUCAGCCCCUCGGAUCCCGAAUGGUUCCUGGCUUCCUUUCGCUGCAGGGGAUCGGUCUGGACUGCAACUGCUUCUCGGCUGGGAUUCCUCUCUCCGAGGUGGAGUUUUCUUCCGGUUUGCUGUUGGUCCCCUGCCAGCCAGAUGCCGCCUCUCCUAUGGUCCAUAAUAGCUUCCUUGAUUUGGUUUCUUGCUAACUGGAUUCAUCCCCACAGCUGCGGGAAGAUUUUGUUACUUGGUAUUAAAAUUAAAAACAACAUUGAAGCACUU